AUGUGACGCCACUUGACUAGGCGUCCAACGAGUUUCAAAAUGGCAUCUUCCUCAAACACAAAAUAAUGGUACACAUCGAAAUUAGGCCCUUAUUUCGACAAAAGCACCUAAGAACAAAUACUCUAUUUGACGAAAGUGCCCACACGCGUCUAUGGCGUACAGCAGUGGCUGCCGCUUUUGUUCGUUGGAGUUCCUGAAUUAAUACCAUAACAAUGAAAUAACUAGGAUAUUGUGUUGUUUUUAAACCAUUUCCCACACAUUUCUCAUCAUCAGAUUGGGUUUUAUAGGAUUAAUACAUCGAUCUGCAAUCGUCCCAUUUACCGAGUUGGAGUGAGACAUUUUGCAGCACCCUAGCUUCCAGGAGCCCUGAGUAAUGUAAGCUUGAACAGCUCCUGUCCCAGCAGUGGCCAUCUGCACAAUGGGGCUGGACUUUGAUGUGAAGACUUUCUGCCACAACCUCCGGGCCACCAAGCCCCCUUACGAGUGCCCCGUGAAGACCUGUCGCAAGGUCUACAAGAGCUACAGCGGCAUCGAGUACCAUCUCUACCACUACGACCAUGACAACCCAACGCCUGCGCAGGCCAUGCCCCAGAAGAAGAGGAAGGGGCGCCCCCCUCGAGUGUCCCUGGUUGGGGACGGAGAGGGAGGGGUGGGAAAGGGAGGUGGGCUGGGGCUGGGCGGGCAGGGAGCGAACACCCCGGGGAGUCCUAACCGGUCUGAGCGCUCCCACUCCCCAGGCAGGGAGACGAUGACCUAUGCCCAGGCCCAGCGCAUGGUGGAGCUGGAGAUCCAUGGACGCAUCCACCGCAUCAGCAUCUUUGAGAACAUUGACGUGGUGUCGGAGGACGACAGCGGGGCCGAAGACCCUCCAUCCUCAGGUGGAGGGGGAUGUGGGGGAGGGGCGUGUAAUGGGGGAGAAAGCGGGGGAGGAGGGAGUGAGGCAGAUGGCAACGGCAAGGACAGGCAUGACACCCCUGCUGCUAACGCAGGGAAGGCCACAUCUAAGUUUGGGAAGCACAAGAGUAAAGAGAAGAAGAAGGAGGUAUCAUCGCACCACCAAAGUGCUUCCUGUGGCCCGGUGGUCAAACUGCCUGAGGUGGUAUACAGAGAGCUAGACCAAGAGAGGCCUGAUGCACCCACAAGACAUUCCUCCUACUACAGGUCAGUCACAGUACCUCACGACACUCAUCCUACGACAGGUCAGUCGCAGUACCACACGACACUCAUCCUUCUACAGGUCAGUCGCAGUACCACACGACACUCAUCCUGCUACAGGUCAGUCACAGUACCUCACGACACUCAUCCUACGACAGGUCAGUCGCAGUACCACACGACACUCAUCCUUCUACAGGUCAGUCGCAGUACCACACGACACUCAUCCUGCUACAGGUACAUAAAUAAGUCGGUAGAGGAGCUGGAUGAGGAGGUGGAGUAUGACAUCGAUGAAGAGGACUACAUCUGGCUGGACAUCAUGAAUGACAAGCGACGUAGUGACGGGGUGACGCCCAUCCCCCAGGAGGUGUUUGAAUACCUCAUGGACCGGCUGGAGAAGGAGUCCUACUUCGAGAGCCACAACAAGAUGGACCCUAGCGCCCUGAUCGACGAAGAUGCCGUCUGCUGCAUCUGUAACGACGGCGAGUGUCAGAAUAGCAACGUGAUCCUGUUCUGUGACAUGUGUAACCUGGCCGUACACCAGGAGUGUUAUGGUGUGCCCUACAUCCCUGAGGGCCAGUGGCUGUGUCGGCGCUGCCUGCAGUCCCCUAGCCGGGCCGUCGACUGUGCCCUCUGCCCCAACAAGGGUGGAGCUUUCAAACAGACGGAUGACGCACGCUGGGCCCAUGUGGUGUGUGCCCUCUGGAUCCCUGAGGUGUGUUUUGCCAACACUGUCUUCUUGGAGCCCAUCGACAGCAUCGAACACAUCCCCCCAGCGCGAUGGAAGCUCACUUGCUACAUCUGCAAGCAGCGCGGCUCAGGUGCCUGCAUCCAGUGCCACAAGGCCAACUGCUACACAGCCUUCCACGUCACCUGCGCCCAGCAGGCCGGCCUCUAUAUGAAGAUGGAGCCUGUCAGGGAGACCGGUGCCAACGGCACCUCCUUCAGCGUUCGCAAGACCGCCUAUUGCGACAUCCACACCCCACCCGGCUCUGCACGCCCCAUCGGAGGGGCGGGAGGGACUAGCAUGGGCUCCUCCCACAGCGAGGGCGAGCUGGAGGAGGACGAUGAGCCCAGUAUAGGUCACGAUGACGACUCCAAGGGCUGGAGCUCAGAGCGGGCCAAGAGGGCCAAGGCCAAGUCCAGACUGAAGAUGAAGAGAGCCAGGAAGAUACUGGCUGAGAAGAGGAACGCUACGCCUGUGGUGUCUGUGCCCUGUAUACCCCCACACAGGCUCAGUAAGAUCACCAGUAACCUGACAGUGCCCAGGAAAAGCCAGUUUAUGCAGCGACUGCAUAGCUACUGGACCCUGAAGAGGCAGAGCCGGAAUGGUGUCCCUCUGCUGCGACGGCUCCAGACCCACCUGCAGUCGCAACGCAACACAGAGCAGCUACAUCCACAGCCGCAGGCGCCAGAGUCACAGGUUACCACGGUAACCACCACACCGUCUCUGUCUGGUGGUGUUAUCUCAGCGAGGGACAGUGAGGAGAAUAACUUGGCUCUGAAGGAGCAGCUGAAAGCAUGGCAGAGACUGAGACAUGACCUGGAGAGAGCCAGACUACUGGUGGAGCUCAUCCGCAAGAGAGAGAAACUUAAGAGGGAGACUAUCAAGGUACAGCAGAUGGCACUAGAGAUGCAGCUAACUCCCUUCCUGGUCCUACUGAGGAACACCCUGGAGCAACUACAGGAGAGAGACACCAGCAACUUCUUCACUGAGCCUGUCCCUCUGGCUGAGGUGCCAGACUACCUGGACCACAUCGAGAGGCCUAUGGACUUCCAGACCAUGUGGAAUCUACUUGAGUCUCACUGCUACCUCAGUUUCGAGGCUUUCGAGGCAGACUUUGGCCUCAUUGUCAACAAUUGUCUCAAAUACAACGCCAAGGAAACUGUAUUCUACCGCGCCGCUUUGCGCCUCCGGGAGAUGGGCGGGGCCGUGAUCAGAACCGCCCGCAGACAGGCUGAGCGAAUUGGCUUGGACUAUGACACAGGCAUGCACCUCCCCCGAGAGCCCAGCCCUGACAGCCAGCGUGACAGAGAGCAAGACCGAGAGAGGGAGCGGGAGAGAGAAAGGGACAGGGAGCGAGAACGAGAGAGGGACCGAGAUGGAGACAGGCCGCUCUCUUCCAAUGAGGAGGACCUGCUCUUAUCAGAGAACCGGCGACGGCUGCCAAUGGAGGAGCAGCUGUGUUUUUUGCAGGCGCGCUUUGAUGAGGUCAGCUCGGGGAAGCACAGCAUCGGUCGGUCGCGGCGGGCCAAAGCCCUGAGGAAAGAGAUGACGAUCAUCAAGAGGAAACUGGCCCACCAGAGAGAGGGGGGCUCGUGCAUGGGGGGCAGGGACUCAGGGGACAGGGGACCAUCCCUCCCCCAUCACCCCUCCUCCACGGGACGCCAUGACGAGGGGGAGGAGAGCAGCAGUCAGGAGAUCAGUGGCAAGGAUCUAAGUGCAUCGUCUUCAGCUCUAGCUCCAGAGGUGGGACGUCGUACCUCUGUCCUCUUCUCCAAGAAGAACCCCAAAAUGGCCGGACCCCCCAAGAGGCCGGGCCGCCCCCCUAAGAACAGAGACGCGGGGGUAAGCCCUAGUCCGAUUGGUCCCCCCCAACUGCCCCUCCUGUCCCCCUCGGCAGAGGAAGAGACCCCGCAGCCCUCACAGCAGCUCCAGCUCCGAGAUUAUGACAGUCUGCCCACUAACGGUUUUGUUGGGGGCAACCAGCCGGUGACAGAGAGUUUUCGGGUGUACAGGAAUGAGAGGAGCCUCCCUCGAUCCAGCUCUGACUCUGAAUCCACCACUAGCAGCAGCAGCAGCGCUGCCUCUGACAGAACCAGUACCACUCCGUCUAAGCAGGGCCGGGGGAAGCAGUCGUUCCCUCGUUCCGCCUUCCAAGAGGACAGCAGUGAGGAGACAUCAGGGACAGAGAAUGACUCCUACUCUGUGGGAGGGUCACGCAGUGUCUCACACUUAGGGUGGGGCCGGGGCCGAUCAGGUUGUAGGAUGCCAUCAGAUGACUACUCUUCCCUUGAUGCUCUGGACCUUGUGUGGGCCAAGUGUAGAGGCUACCCUUCAUACCCUGCUCUGAUCAUAGAUCCUAAGAUGCCCAGGGAGGGGGUAUUCCACCGAGGGGUCCCCAUCCCCGUGCCCCCCCUGGAAGUCCUGAAGCUGGGGGAACAGAUGACCCAGGAGGCCCGGGAACACCUCUUCCUGGUUCUCUUCUUCGACAACAAGAGAACCUGGCAGUGGCUGCCGCGCUCUAAGCUUGUUCCUCUGGGGGUGGACCAGGAGCUGGACAAGGAGAAGAUGCUUGAGGGAAGGAAGUCCAACAUCCGCAAGUCAGUGCAGGUGGCCUACCACCGUGCCAUGCAGCACCGCAACAAGGUCCAGGGAGACCCCAGCAGUGACACCAGCGACAGCGACUGAGCACACACACGUCUUUGCUGGCCUCCCGUUGUAUUGAUAGGGUAUUAUUUUCAGGUCUGUGUGUUGAUUGAUAUACCCUGUGGCCUUGGAGAGCCAUACCCCAGCACACAGUAGAAUCAGUGUGCCGGUGUAACCUAUUGGAAAGCACAUGCAACAUUCUCUCUCUCGUUCGUUCGUACGUAUGUACGUACGUACUUUGUUGACACACACAGUGGUAUUUAAUCUGAGAUGUAAAAUAUGUAUUUAAGAGAAUUGAAACAAAAAGGGUAUGAAGAGGAUGGAAGACAAUGCUAUGCCCAGAAUCAUGAUGGAAAAUUGUCAUUGUAUGUGGUUGAUAUGAGUGUUUACCAGCUCCUGAAAAACAGGAUCUGCAAACAGAGGGUUGUAAUUACACAAAUAUGCGCAUACACACUUGUAUACAGUCAGGUCCAAAGUGAUUGCCACCCUUGAUAAAGAUUAGCAAAAAAGACUGCAUAAAAUAAAUAAUACAAAUACUCUGCUAUAUUGUAUGCAAAAAUUGUUAUUUUAUACUAAUAUAAUUACUCAGAGAAAGAGAUUUUGAUGGUGGGGGUAAAAAGUAUUGGCACCCCUAUUUUCAAUUCCUGACCUUAUGAGGAUAAUGGCACUGAGCCUUUGGAAAAAGUGUUUUAUGAGAUUGAAGAACACAUUCGGAGAGAUCUUAUUUUAUGUUCAAUUGACAUAUUCUUUGUGGCUUUUGAUGUGUGCUUGGGGUUAUUGUCUUGCUGGAAGAUUCACUUGCGGCCAAGUUUCAGCCUCCAGAUGCAACCAGGUUUUUGGCUAAAAUGUCCUAGUACUGGGUAAAUUUGACCGUAACAAGGGCCCCAGGACCAGUGGAAGCAAAAUCGCCCCAUACAUUCGAAGAUCCACCACCAUAUUUGACAGUAGGUAUGGGGUUCUUUCCUGCUCACGCAUCCUUAUUUCGAUGCCAAACCCACCACUAGUGUGCGUGGCUAAAGAUCUUACUUAGAUUAGAUUUUACUCAUCUUUAGCAAGGGUGCCAAUCAUUUUGAGCUGUGACUACAUUCAAACAGGGAAAUGCAUACACACUCACACAAAGCUCUUCUCAUAGGAAAAUAUACACAUCCACACACCCCAUUGUGUGCACUUAUGGAUGGAUUGACAGUACCACUGAUCCAGCAACCCCACUGCCGCCGCCCCCUCUUUACCCCAUGUCCAAUCAUGGCCCAAUGGAGCACGGGGUUGGAUGACAUGGCCAAUCAACUGAGCAAAGCAUCUUCCUGCUAUUUAUUCCGUCUCCCAAGGACCUCCAGUCUUCUCUCCACUAGUCUAACUGACCGUCUUCACAACAUUGCAUUGUGCAGUCGUUUCCUCUACUCUUCCGUAUAUAUAUUUUUUUGUCGCCUCUGUUUACAUCUCUUUUUGUUCUUGUCUGUUGUACAAUUCUGGCUGCUGGUGAAUAAUGAGGACUAAUGUGGAUAUGAUAAAACACGCCAGCCUCACUGUCUGUUCUAGUCUCAGGCCAAUGGCUUUAGAACUUUUAUAUAUACAGAUUACAUAAGAUAGAAGUUUAAUAAAAUAAUUGAGUUUUGUA